UAGCGAUAUACGUAAUGAUGAUAAAAAUAGAAUACUUUUUUGCGUAGUAAACAAUUCUGUUAUUUGUGAGAAAUUUGGCAAUUUACAAUGUAAAUAUAUACUCUAGAAGAUGAAUAUGUAAUGGAUGUCUUAGGGAGUUUAUUCGGCUUCAUAUUCCAACUAUUGACCAUUUUAUCAACAAAGUUUUCAGAGUUAUAUGGCGAAGUUGAAUGUACCAUAGGCUCUAAACCAGCUAUAUUCGGACAACCACUUAGUAUACUAUGUAGGAACACAAAUCCCUUGAUUUGCAUUAAAAAUGAAUCUAGGGUGUGGAUGGGUGGGGAAAACCUUGAUCUACUUGUAUUGGAAGGAAUUCCAAAGAGCAAAGUUGGAAGGUAUUCUGAGAAAGUACAAUCUUGCUCAGACUUUGAGUUAUUAAUCUCAAAUUUAUCGGAAUCAGAUCUGAAUCACAGUUACUGUUGUACAGUUGGAUUUUCCGAAUGCAGAUUAAAGCUUUCCUUGGCAGAAAAUGAUUUUGAAUAUCAUCCUGAAGAACAUGACAUUCACAAAAAUUUCUCAAUAUCAGUGCAUGACCUUUUUGUUUCUGUGAACAUAUCCAGAGUAUAUCCUGUGCCUAAGUGUUCUGUUUUGUUCGGCGUUCAGAAACUAGAUGAAUAUAUAAAUCAGAGUGCAAGUCGUGUUGGAAAUUUCUUCUCCACAUAUUUUGACUUUGAAUUCAAGUUAGCUGAAGAGCAGUGCCCAGUUAAAAUAAAUAUUACCUGCCUGGUUGGAAGCACAUUGAUUCCAAUUUUGACCUCAGAAAUGACAAAUUGUUCCGAAAAUAGAGACUUGAUUGCUUUUAUCCGACAUUCACUUACGGUGCCAAUUUUCUGUUCGUUUUUGACAUGCAUGUAUUUUGUACUUCUAACAUGGAGUUUGUGCAGAAACCGGAAAAAGAUAUAUACAACUUGCUACGCACUAUCAGAACGAAGUUUACUUCAAUGGAGACGACCUAUACUGGCCGUAAUAUUAACUUUAGGAUCCAUUUAUUUAGCAGGACAUACAGAGUAUAUAUCAUUCAAGCAGUUUUUACAGGACAGUGAAGAUGUUGAAAACGACACUGCCAAACCAAUUGGCUUCUGUGUAUCGUCGAUGCUCUUGACUCAAGUGUCGCUUUGUUUUAUCAGUAAUCCAGACACUAUCAGCAUACGGGAAGGUUUCAGAAAUUCUACAAAACGAUUUGUGAAGAAAGUCAAAAGAAAGAAAAAAAAUUCAGGUAAUCCUGCAGAACAGAUGAGAUUGAACAGACCGGAUACCUCAGUAGCGGAUCAAAGCACAGAUGGAUGUCACCAGUUUGCCAAAGAUGCGAGUGGUAAUCAAAGUUGAAACUAAGAAAAUGCGUUUUGCAGUUAAACUUUUUAUAACGCUUUUAGAUCUAUUUACAAUAUUUCGGUACAAAGUUAUGUCUACGAUAUAAAAAAAAAUGUGAUAUUACGCUAUAAUGUCUGCAUUUUUUAAAUGAUCGAUUUAGGAGAAUCAUAUUUUAUUUAUAUUUCCUCUAAAUCAAAGAAGAUGUGUGUGUCACUUUUGAGUAUCAUUUAGUGAUAUGAGAAGACAAAUAAAGAUGUAUGCGAUUAUAUAAAUGGCUUGGUAUUCGAAAGUAUACUUGUAUUUUACAUAGACUUUUGUUUUGAUGAGAUCUUUCAUGCAUUGCUCUAUCCUUUUUUUGAUAUGGGUAGGCAUUAUAUGUGUCAAUAUAUUUAUACAACGAUUAAGCGAGUUAUGAAAAUUAAUGUUGACAAAUAUAAUAAUAAUUCUGAACGUUUGAAAUGUCAAAGCGAGGGCCUGUUUUUCGAAGCUCCCUUUCGUUUUUUAUAAAUUUCAGAUUUACCGUUUCUGAGUUUUGGGGUUUUAUUCAUUAAAAAAGGGGGGAUUUUCCAGUUUUCCGACAAUAACUCAAGAAUGCUUUCACCAACAUGCAAGAAAUUUUGGUGAAUUGUUUAUAUCUAUUGACAUGAGCUGCCUUUCGAUUAUUAUAAAUUUUAGAUUUUACGUUUCAAAAUUAAAGGGUUUUAUUCAUAAAAAAAGAGUGAUUUUCCAGUUUUCGGACAAUAACUAAAAAAUUCUUUCAGCAGUUCUCAUGAAACUUUGGUGAAUUGUUUAUAUCUGUUGAUGUAAGCUCCCUUAAGAAUUUUAUAAAUUGUAAAUUAUACAUUUCUGAGUUAUGGGGUUUUAUUCAUUAAAAAAGGGGGGAUUUUCCAGUUUUUGGACAAUAACUCAAAAAUGCUUUCAGCAGUUCUCAUGAAACUUAUUAUUUAUAGCUAUUGAUUUUCAUAAAUUUCAAGUAUUACAUUGAGAAGAAAUUGAACUUUAUUUGUUUAUAGUCUGACAACAGAUUUACUAAGUAUUGCGCAACAGCACAGUGUAUUGCACAACAACAAGAAAUCUUCAAUUGAAUAUAAAUUCAAUUCAUAUAACCAAUUUCAAGUUCUUUGACUACAUUUAUUCAGAAACCUAUAAUAUGUCAAAUAUUUAAUUACAAUCCAAAUUCAGACCUGUAUCAAGCUUGAAUAUUGUGUCCAUUUUUGCCCCAACUGUUCAGGGUUGGACCUCUGCGGGCGUAUCCAGCUGCGCUCAGCGAAGCAGUUUAUUAAUCUUGUAAUUAUUUACUACUGGUGAAAUUCAAUGUAUUCUUAAAUAUUUAUUUUUUUUUAAAUUCCCAUUUUUCUUUACGCUAACACUUAGGAUAGAAGUAAGAACAUCCUAGCUAAGAUAGUCCUAAGAUAGCUUCGGUGUGCAUGCUGAGACAUGUCGUAAGUCGGUCCUAACAUUAUCCUAAUUUAUUCCUAAGAGAGGUCUUAGGACAAAUCCUAGGACAGCUUCGAUAAACAGGCCCAAGGUCUAUAAGACAUGUUCAUAAGGCAGCUAUUUUUAUUUGAUGUAGCACAAAUAUUUUUUAAAUAAACAAAAGAUAGAAUUGAAACAUGUAACUUACAUUUAAAAUGAUUUUAUGUAAUUUUCUAGCAAACAACAGACACAAAUGUCCUUUUGAUCUCUAACAUGUGUCCUUAAAUUCUAUUGGAAUAAGAACAUGACUCUGUUUACAAAACGAAACAAUGAGUGUUAUAGUAAAAAAUUGGAAAUCUUAAUUGUUAUUAUGAAAUUAUUAAGCUGGUGUGGAAUUGGAAUUUUAUUAUAUAAUUUAUUAAUGUAUUGUGUUAUUCUUUCCUAUAUACAUUAUGUUAACAUGUGAAUAAUUAUUUUCAUUUUCCGUUGUUAUAGGCAUGCACAUUCAUUAAUUCUAAAGUUGUCGUAUGAUUUUAUUCAAGCCUGUGAAAUAAAUGAAAAGAGGAAUAUCAUAAUUACUAUAUAGUACAUAUCCAGAUGUAUCAUCCCAUAUUUUAAAGUUUUUAUAUUACAACAAAAACGUGUACCGUACAUUUGCGGUUGCAAAUGUAGCAAAUAAUAUUCGGAGCAUAUAUUUUGUUAUUCUAGGUAUUGUACAUUUCCUAGUGUGGUUUAAAAGAUACGUGAUGUUUUUUGUUAUUUACAGUUCUUAAAACCUGUAAUUGCGCUUGUCAACUUAGUUGUUAAAUCUAGAACUGUUUGUAUUUUAGGAGGAAAUAAAAUGUUCAUAAGCUGUGUAUAGCUUGUUUUCUGAAUUCUUUUUAUUUAUAAUCUUAUUUAAGACUUUGUUAUUUGUUAUGAAUAAAUAUAUGUCAAAGCUA